AUGGAUCAAGCACAUCAGGGUUCUAUUGCUGUCAAGUUUCGGGAUAAGAUGCUAUCGUUCAAAGUUUAUCUGCUUGGCGCGUUUCAUUUCCUUAGGAAGUAUAUCCUAUAUCUCCUCUCCGAACCGGAGCCUUCCAUUAGACCUGGUCAACCUCGCGCAUCCGAAAUCGGCGUUAACCAUAUAUGCCUGGAAUGGGUCAGGGUCGGGAGAGACGAUGUCACACAUUACGAAAUUCGGAUGAAAGAAAUUGGUGACAGUGCCUGGAAUAAGACAAUGGUUCCCACGGAAAAUAGGCGACCAUUUCAUCGCUUUAGCGGAUUGUCUCAAAACACUGGAUAUGAAUUCAUGUCAAGAGCUGUAUAUGCAGACGGUAGUACCAGCGAAUUUAGCUGCAAGAGUUUGGAAGUACGAACGAGAUUUUCAGAACUAAACACGGUCCUUAAACUCUGCGAAAAAAUAUAUGAUGGACCACCAAACGUUUACAGACUUCCCCUAGAUGAGAUGAGAUCAAAAGAAGACAAAGUUCGAAAGACCCGCCUGUGUACUUUCGGAGACUCAACUUGCCUUCAGGAGAAGACUAUCUUGAUGAUUGGUCCUAACGAAGGGGGAAAAAGUACUCUCAUUAAUGGACUUGUCAACCAUAGUCUUGGAGUGAAAUGGGAAGACGACUGUAGAUUCAAAAUUACUGAUGAUACUGGGACUCCUCCAAACCAGCGGUCACAUACCAAAUGGAUCACGUGUUACAGAGUGCAUCCAAUUAUGGAAAACAAUGACUGUGUUUUGAAUAUCAUUGACACCCCAAGCCUCGAAGAUGGGCCGGAAUCAGUUGAGAAUAACCAAGAGGUCUUCGAACGCCUCCGACGUUUCUUAUCCAGUGACAGUCACAUGGGUCCGAGUUGUGGAGUACAUGCCGUUUGUUUCGUCAUGCAGGCCAACCCCAUCCACACUCACGGUAUCAAUAUGGCUUUGCAUGAGGUCAUUGAAAGCAUAACGUCAAUAUUUGGAGAAAACGUUCUGGAGAACAUUAUUCCUAUACUUACAUUUGCUGACGGGAAAAGGCCAUCAGUUCUGGACUUCCUCCAAGCAACUGAUUUGAAAAACCAUCAUCACUUCGUCUUCAAUAAUUCAACACUCUUCCCUCCGUAUACUGAGGAUGCUUUAUUAGGGGAGGCUUUGUGGCAAUUCAGAUCUAGAGGAUUCGAUGAUUUUUUGCGACAUCUUCAAACCAUGAACCCUUGUCUACUCACGACAAAACCAAAACUUCAAGCUAACCCCCACGAUGAUCAGAAACAAGAGAAAAUGAUAGAUUUGCAGAAAAAUCGCUGUGAUAUCAAGGAUAAGGUCAUGGACCUGGUGGCAACAAGAAGCGACAGAGAUACUGUGAAGAAGUUUAAGGCCGAAAUAGGACUUAACCAAGCCUUUACGUACAAUGAAGUACUAUACCUACAAGAGAAAAUACGUUUAGGUCAAGGAAAAUAUGUCACCAACUGCAUCGUCUGCCACACAACAUGCCACUUUCCCUGUAAACUUACCAACGACGAAGACAAAGUAAGAUGUGCAGCAAUGAAGAAAGGAAAUUGUACAGUUUGUCAUCAAAAGUGUGUCUGGCAUAUGCACAGGAACGACACAUUUAGGAUAGAAGAAAAGACAGUGACGGUGACAAAAACGUACGAAGGCAUCAAAGCAAAAUACAAAUUUGAUGUAAAAGACGAUGUAUCAGCUGAUGCGAUGCUACUGGCCAUCAAGCGAGUUUUUGUGUCUUUGCUAGAAGAGUUGAUCUCUCUGAUCUUAACGACUGUUAAAUCCAGUAACAGCCUACAAGGAAUUCAACAAAAGGUAGAGGAGUUCAUCAAGCUUAUAAUUGACUCUGAAGAACAAGAAAAGACAGCUGGGUACAAAAAGCGGCUGAAGAUACUCCGUACUAUACAGUACAACACAACACUGUCCGUUGCCGACCCAGACGCUUGGCUGAAAGAAAUGGGAUUCAAAGACUGGUAG